AUGAGAACGAAAUCGUUUGUGGUUAGGUCUUCGCGGAAGUCUCUCGAUCCCUAUCCAUCCCCUGCAUCCCUUCCGGAUGAAGCUAAUGAAAGAUAUGGAUCUGGAGUGAACACCACACACUGCGAUAGCGGUGAUGCCGAUGUUGAGAUUGUUCCAGAUACUUACGAUGAGAGAGAUGUGCCACACAAGAAGCGUCAUUGUCUUGGGACAAGUGAUACUGGUAAAGGAGGAUCCCAGCCGCUUAACUUAGAUGCUUGUAUCGUAUGUGACGUUUCUGACAAGUGGGUAUCUCGUUGCUCUGGAAUUGACUGUCUUCUUUCAUUUCACGGCAAGUGUUUGAAUGCCGAGUUGGGUAGUAGUAGUGGUGAUGAUCUUGCAUGUUCGUAUUGUCCGUACUGCUGGUUCAAAAUUAUAGCACAGAAACACAAAUUAGUGAGGGAGAAGGUUGUUGCGGCGGAAAAGGCAGUCUUCACGCAUCUAGGUAAAGAGAUGGAAAGCAGGGAUGAGGUAAAGGAGAGUGCUCCCAAAAGCCGAGAGGAUGCAGUCUUAUCUGGUGGUGAAAAUGGAAGACAGGAUCAUUCAGUUGACAGUACAGACGUUGUAAGUGACCAAGAGUUACAAGGAGAGAAGGAUGCCUGUGCAUCAAAAGAGGAACGAAUGCAAGUUGAGAAGGAUUCUGAUAAAUCAAGAGGUGAGAAGAUGCCAUUAAUUGAGGAAACCGAUCUACCAGAAGAGGAUAAAGAGAUGUUAGAAGCGCGCACUGAUAAUUCAGGAGACAUGGUUGAAGCAUCAGAAGACGAAGAGAGGGUAGAUACAGAAAAAAUUCAAGACGCUGAGGAUGACAAGGAUGUCGAAACAGCUAAAGAUCAAACUAAAGUCAAUGCAGGUGCAAGGGGGAAGGGAGAUGUUUCACCGUUUGUGUCUAUGCAAGAAUCGUUUUCAGGAAAAGAACAAGACCAGGUCCAACAGAAUGAAAGGCCAAGAAGAAGAAGACGGUUAAUAUUGAAUACCAUUGAUAGUGAUAUCUCAUCUAAUGAAUCAACUAACGAACGAAAUGGAGAUGAUGUAACUGAGCAGAUUACUUCAUCGGCUCAAGUAGUAACCUCCCCGUCAGGGAAGAUGAAGAACCAGCAGAGAAAACUUAACGCAACAGCUAAAGUGGCCAAGUCAAAGACAGUGAGGGACAUUUCGUUUUUCAAGAAGGAUCAGAGAAGGAGGCUAUUUUGGACGUCCGAAGAAGAAGAAAUGCUGAAGGUGGGAGUGGAGAGAUUUGCAGCAGAAGCAAACAAGAACAUGCCAUGGAGGAAAAUUCUGGAAAUGGGAGAGACGGUGUUCCACGAAACACGUACUCCUUCUGAUCUAAAGGACAAAUGGAGGAACAUGACCGGGAGAGCAAGACAGAACAAGAUAGAAAACUAA